AGAUUUGGAGACCAGAGACAGUUGCUAGCCAAUGAUGACCGGAAGUAACUAUUACGUUUGGCUUCCAAUAUCAAUAGACUUGACGUAGACGCCCCAUUCGCCUUUCGACCGCGUGCCUACGUCGGCGCCAUAUUGGAGCGGCAAUCAUUUGCGUCAAGAUGCCUCAGUCGUGUUCAGCUUGGGGAUGCACGGCCCUCCGAACAGUAGAAGCAAGAUCGCGUGGAAUUACCUUUCACAAGUUUCCCAAAGAGAAGCAGUUGAGGAAGCAGUGGGAAGUUGCUGUGAAAAGGGACAAUUUUUCCUCCACUUUUCACUCCGUGCUCUGUAGUCAGCACUUUCAGCCGGAGGCUUUCGACAGGACAGGUCAGACUGUCAGGAUCAGAGAUGGAGCUAAACCAUCAGUCUUCAAUUUCCCAACUCAUCUCCAAAGAGAAGUGGCAACCAGAACUACAAAAACCUCAAUUAAGGCUGAAGAGAGCCUGUCACUGGACGUUUCUCUGCCUCUGCCAUUACAAGACACGGAACCUUUACCUAAUGUUGAACACACCUAUGCAAUGCCUGCAUCUCCCACUGAUCUGAAGACUAAACUCAGUGAAGCCUUGGCUAGGGUGGAGAGUCUUGAGAAAGAGUUGAAGAACACUAAGGCACGAGAACAGAGGGCGAAGAAAAUUGUGCAUGGUCUUCUGGAGGAGCUCAGGGGGAAGAACCUCAUGAAUGAAGAGCUGAAACAAAGGCUUGAUUUCUACUCAGGAAAAGGAUCAUCUCCCUCAUCCUCAGAGUUCCCAGCAUCCCCCUCCAUCUCACACACAGAGACAGAGAAAUCCAAUACAUACUCCUGUUCUCUGUGUGGAAAAACCUUCCACGUGUGGUCUGAGCUCAGGCUGCAUCAUUGCGCUCACACGGGAGAGAGGCCAUAUCGCUGUUCCCGAUGUGUCAAGAGGUUUAGUAAUGUGGGAAGUUUCAAACGACACCAGCGCAGUCAAACAGGAGAGAAGUCAUACUCCUGCUCCCAAUGCGGCAAGAGUUUUUGUCUAGAGGGAGAUCUCAGACGACACCAGCGCAUUCAUACUACAGAGAGGCCUUAUUCUUGCUCCCAAUGUGGCAAAAGUUUUAUUCAAGAGGGGAGUCUCAAACUACACCAGCGCAUUCACACAGGAGAAAGGCCUUACCCCUGCACUGAGUGUGACAGGAAGUUUAUGGAUGCAGGGACUCUCAAGUCACACACGCGCAUUCAUACCGGAGAAAGGCCGUACCCGUGCACUCAGUGUGAUCGGAAAUUCAUCACGGCCAGAACACUGAAACGGCACCAGCACGUUCAUACUGGAGAAAGGCCGUACCAGUGCACUCAGUGUGAUCGGAAAUACAUUACUGCCAGAACACUGAAACUACACCAGCACGUUCACACAGGACAGAAGCCAUACUCAUGCUCCCAGUGUGGCAAGAGUUUCACCCAAGCGGGGACUCUGAAAAAGCACCAGCGCAUUCACACGGUAGAGAGGCCAUGCUCCUAAUGUGGCAAGAUAUCAUUGAAAUGUUUUCCAUGGAAAAUAGCCAAAACGUAAGGCCGGACAAGGGUGAAAUCAGGUGAAGAGGCUCUCUCCUGUAUUCACUUAGUUUUGUUG